AUGAAUGCUGAUUUAACACAUCCGGAAAUAUUAACUAUUGAACAAUUACAAAAGCAUUUAAUAAAAUUUGUUGGAUCUAAUAUAACAAAUGAUAAAUAUGAAUUAAUCCAAUUAUUUUAUAAAUAUAUUGCACCAUUACCUCAACGAAAAUUUCGUACAAAUCGCUUGGGAACAAUGCUUACAAAUAGUCAAACACAAUUGAAAGGAGAAAAACGGCCGUUAUCCACUGAUUUAGAGUGA